AUGGCGACUGAAUUUAAAGAAAUUGGACCUGGCGUAGAAGUUCACGGCAGGAAGGCAUCAUUAAAUCAAAAGCCACAGCAAGAGGGACUAAAGCUCAAGCGACAAGUCAACUUGAUUAGCGGAAUUACUUUAAUCAUUGGUACUAUGAUUGGUUCAGGAAUAUUUAUAUCGCCGAAAGGUGUCUUGCUAGGUUGCGGCUCGAUUGGUUUAACUUUAUUGGUUUGGACUGGUUGUGGUUUGAUUGCUUUAGGUGGCUCCAUCAGCUAUGUCGAAUUAGGCACAAUGAUUAACAUGUCCGGUGCUGAAUAUGCUUAUAUUUUGAAAGGCAUUGGUGAAUUACCGGCAUUUCUCUUCGCGUGGACAUCCAUUAUUAUUAUUAAGCCAUCGACAGCAUCUGCAAUUGCAAUGGCCUUUGCCGAAUAUACAACGCAGCCAUUCUUCCCCGGUUGCUCACCGCCUCCAUCGAUCAUGAAACUAUUAGCCGCAUUUUGUAUCGCUACCAUUGCGUUCAUCAAUUGCUAUAGUGUUAAAUGGGCAACGAAAUUGCAGGAUAUUUUUACCGUUGCCAAGCUGAUUGCCGUAUUUGGGUUAAUUAUUAUUGGAUUUGUGGAAUUGGGGCGAGGGAGAGUACAAAAUUUUCAAAGCAGCUGGGAAGGUACCGAGACUAAUGCAGCCGUUGUUGCUCUUGCAUUUUAUCAGGGAUUAUGGGCCUACGAUGGCUGGAAUAACUUAAAUUUUGCUAUCGAAGAGCUAAAACAACCGCAAAGAAAUCUUCCUCGUGCGGCCUUGAUUGGUAUCCCUCUUGUAACGGUUAUUUAUAUCACCGUUAACGUUACUUAUUUUACUGUUUUAACAAGACAAGAGAUUCUAGAAUCGGCUGCAGUUGCAUCGUCUGUUGCUGAUCGAAUUAUUGGCCAGGUACCUUGGCUAGUACCCAUGUUUGUUGCAUUCUCAACAUUUGGUGCAUGUAAUGGAAGUUCUUUUGGGGCAGCCAGAUUGAAUUUCGUUGCUGCUCGUCGAGGUCAUUUGCCUAAAGUGCUAUCUAUGAUUCAAAGAGAUAGAUUAACUCCAAUGCCUGCAAUAAUCUUCCAAGCCUUCAUAUCCAUCAUAUUAUUGAUUCCAAACGAUUUCAAUUCCCUAAUCAAUUAUUUCAGUUUUUCUGCAUGGCUAUUUUAUGGCACCACGUUUGUAAGCUUAAUCGUCUUGCGUCGACGAAUGCCUGAUGCAGAUCGUCCAUUUAAAGUUUUUAUAAUAAUUCCAAUGAUAAUGGUUGGAAUCGCUUGCUAUUUGGUUAUUGCUCCUAUUGUUCAAGCCCCUGUUGAAGCUUUAAUUGCCAGCAUAUUUAUUAUAGCUGGAAUUCCAGUUUAUUAUGCUUUUAUUCGUGGAUACUUUAAACCGAAAGUUUUGGUCGAGUAUUCAGGUACUGAUGGACUAACUACAUUAGCUUCUUUAUCUCUAGAACGUUUAGCUUAUUUAAUCCAGUUGUAUAGGGUUAUAUUGAUUAAGUGA